GCAACGGGCUAUCCGGCUCCUCGGCGCUGUAUCAUAUGGGCUUGCCCAGCCCCUCGCGCGGAGCCGGGCCGCCACUACUGGUGCCGCCGCCACGACCAGUGCCGGGAGUCUCCUCUGGUGGAGUUGGCGGUGCCAUGAGGCGCUAAGAGCGGGGGGGGGCAGGAAGGCGAGGCGGAAGAGGCCCAAGGGAGCUGCCGACCGGCGGACGAAAAGACCGGAACGGAGGGUGUCGAGCCGAAGCCGAGCCGGACGGUUCCGUCCCGUGCGUCGCUCCUGAGACCAUGUAAAAACGAGGCAGGCUCCAUCCCGAGGAGGGGGAAAACAGGCGCCGUCGCCGGCCUGGGAGGGCCCCGCCGUGCCUGGGCUUGUGUGUCCGUGCGCGCCCCAGAGAGAGAGAGUGUGUUGAAGAGGGGAGGGGGGAACAUGGCGACGUCUAAUCUGUUAAAGAAUAAAGGUUCACUUCAGUUUGAAGACAAAUGGGAUUUCAUGCGCCCCAUUGUUCUGAAGCUUUUACGCCAGGAAUCUGUCACAAAACAGCAGUGGUUUGAUCUGUUUUCGGAUGUGCAUGGAGUUUGUUUGUGGGAUGAUAAAGGUCCAGCAAAAAUACACCAGGCUUUGAAAGAAGACAUCCUUGAUUUUAUUAAACAAGCCCAAGCAAGAGUGCUGAGCCACCAAGAUGAUACUGCACUACUGAAAGCAUAUAUUGUGGAAUGGCGUAAAUUCUUCACGCAGUGUGAUAUCUUGCCCAAGCCAUUUUGUCAGUUAGAGAUUACUCUCAUGGGUAAACAAGGCAGUAAUAAGAAAUCCAAUGUAGAAGACAGUAUUGUACGAAAGCUCAUGUUAGAUACUUGGAACGAGUCCAUAUUUUCAAACAUAAAGACUCGACUUCAAGACAGUGCAAUGAAGCUGGUUCAUGCGGAACGACUAGGGGAAGCCUUUGACUCCCAACUUGUCAUUGGCGUUAGAGAAUCUUAUGUUAAUUUGUGUUCCAAUCCAGAAGAUAAACUCCAGAUAUAUCGGGAUAAUUUUGAAAAAGCAUACCUUGAUUCAACAGAGAGAUUUUAUAGAACUCAAGCCCCUUCAUAUUUGCAACAAAAUGGUGUACAGAAUUAUAUGAAAUAUGCAGAUGCUAAACUAAAGGAAGAAGAAAAAAGAGCACUACGGUAUUUAGAAACUAGGCGGGAAUGUAACUCUGUAGAGGCGCUUAUGGAGUGCUGUGUAAACGCUCUGGUGACAUCUUUUAAGGAGACGAUUUUAGCUGAAUGCCAAGGCAUGAUCAAACGAAAUGAAACGGAAAAGUUGCAUUUAAUGUUUUCAUUGAUGGAUAAAGUUCCUAAUGGAAUUGAGCCUAUGUUGAAAGAUCUGGAAGAACAUAUUGUUAGUGCUGGAUUAGCAGAUAUGGUAGCAGCAGCUGAAACUAUUACUACUGAUUCUGAAAAGUAUGUAGAACAAUUGCUUACGUUAUUUAAUCGGUUUAGCAAGCUUGUUAAAGAAGCUUUCCAAGAUGACCCAAGAUUUCUUACUGCCAGAGAUAAGGCAUAUAAAGCAGUUGUUAAUGACGCUACAAUUUUUAAACUUGAAUUACCGCUGAAGCAAAAGGGUGUUGGAUUGAAAACACAGCCAGAAUCCAAGUGCCCAGAGCUACUUGCUAAUUAUUGUGAUAUGUUAUUGAGAAAAACGCCGCUAAGCAAAAAACUAACCUCUGAAGAAAUUGAAGCAAAGCUUAAAGAAGUGUUAUUGGUACUCAAGUACGUGCAAAACAAAGAUGUCUUCAUGAGAUACCACAAAGCUCAUUUAACAAGACGUCUUAUACUGGAUAUAUCAGCAGAUAGUGAAAUAGAAGAAAACAUGGUGGAAUGGUUGAGGGAAGUAGGUAUGCCAGCUGAUUAUGUAAAUAAGUUGGCAAGAAUGUUCCAGGAUAUUAAAGUUUCUGAAGAUUUGAACCAAGCCUUUAAGGAAAUGCACAAAAAUAAUAAGUUGGCCCUACCAGCCGAUUCUGUGAAUAUUAAAAUUUUAAAUGCUGGAGCUUGGUCCAGAAGUUCUGAAAAAGUUUUUGUAUCACUGCCCACGGAAUUAGAAGACCUCAUCCCUGAGGUAGAGGAGUUCUACAAAAAGAAUCACAGUGGCAGGAAGCUUCACUGGCAUCACCUUAUGUCCAAUGGCAUUAUAACUUUUAAGAAUGAAGUUGGCCAAUACGACUUGGAAGUAACAACGUUUCAGCUGGCUGUGCUUUUUGCAUGGAACCAAAGACCCCGUGAGAAGAUCAGCUUUGAAAAUCUUAAAUUGGCAACAGAACUCCCUGAUGCUGAACUUAGGAGAACUUUGUGGUCUCUUGUAGCAUUUCCAAAGUUGAAACGUCAGGUUUUGUUAUAUGAACCUCAAGUCAAUUCACCCAAAGACUUCACUGAAGGAACCCUCUUCUCAGUGAACCAGGAGUUCAGCUUAAUAAAAAAUGCUAAAGUUCAAAAGAGAGGAAAAAUAAACCUAAUUGGUAGACUACAACUAACAACGGAGAGAAUGCGGGAAGAAGAGAAUGAAGGGAUAGUCCAGCUAAGAAUAUUACGAACCCAGGAGGCUAUCAUCCAAAUAAUGAAAAUGAGAAAGAAAAUCACUAACGCUCAACUUCAGACUGAACUAGUAGAGAUAUUGAAAAACAUGUUUUUGCCACAGAAGAAAAUGAUAAAAGAGCAGAUUGAAUGGCUUAUAGAACACAAAUAUAUCAGAAGAGAUGAAUCAGAUAUCAACACAUUUAUAUACAUGGCAUAGCAUGAAGACUGUUAUAGGAAGAUGUCAAGAAAUGUGCAGUGAAGGUGAUGUGGGCAGACAAAAAGACAAGAAAGGGGAACUGUGCCGAAGAAGGACUUGUUUGACUUGCAUUACGUAUUUGAAUCCUUGCCUUACCUUACAGAGGACUUUUGUUUUGCCAACCUUUUUUUUCAGCUAGCAUGAUGACAUUCCCUUCAUGUUGCACACUUUUAAUGGCAUGCUGUUUUUGUGCGGAAACUUGCAUUCUUGGAGAGCCUAUAGUGAGAUGUUUUAGGUUUGAUUUGCACCCACCUGGAGGAGAACAGAUUUGAAAUUUUUAGAUGAACUGUACUUGCACAAGGAAAAAUAUCUUCAAAUAUCCAUGCACUGAGGAUCUACUGUUAGUUUUCAUAUUUUUAAAAAAGCAAAUAGGACUAGAUGUAGCACUUCACAUUUUGUGUUUUGAAUCAACAGCUUAAAUGUGCUGUCCUCAUUCUGAUCCCUUUUUAUGUAUAAUAUCUGAGUGAGACACAAACACAUCGCAGCUGAAGAUAUAUAUUUAUCUGUUGGCUCAAACAAUUGUUUCAAUAUAAUGACUGGUUUUGAAUACUGAAACAUAAGUGAUAUUAAGUAGGA